CCCCUGACGAUUCCUCCAGCCGCAGUCGCAUGGCGUCACAUCGAUCUACGCCUCGUACCCCUUCCGGAAAAGGGAAACGCCAACAACCCUAUCAUAAAGCAACUUGGGAUGGGGAGUCGACACGGAUUUUCUUGGAACUGGUUGUGAAGGAAAUUGAAGCAGGAAACCGGCACACAUGUCAAUCACUCCAAACGGGUACCGUUCGUUGUCUAAGACAUUUGAGGCAGCAACUGGGCGGCUGCAUUCCCUCAAACAACUUAAAAACAGGUACAAUCUGUUGAAGACCGAGUGGCGUGCGUGGUGUAAGCUAAUGGAUUGCCGGAAAGGCCCAACUGGAAUUGGCUUUGACCAAGUAACUGGGCUGUUCAAUGCUUCGGCUGAUUGGUGGGCUAAAAUGGAAAAGAUUGACAAUGUAUGUUGCAAGUUCAGAACCAAAACCUUGGACCAUCCGGACUUGAUGGAGUGCGUCUUCACUGGCGCUGUGGCUACGGGAAAAAAUGCAUGGACACCCGGCGAGACUCGUAAUGCAAUGGAGUUGGACGGAGAGUCGGACAGUCCAGAUUUUUCAAGUGACAGCAAUGACCUACGCGCAUCGGAAAUGGCAGCCAUGAUGAACUCUGCGCACAUCAAUGCCACGGGUAGUGGAAGUAAGCGGAAGCAUUCCUCGGGGAAAACAUUGCAAAACAAGCGCAUUACGGGGGAUGAAGCGUUGGCAAGCAGCAUGGACGACUUGCUAAAUUCUGUGAAGACUCAGAGCAAGGAAUUAACUGUCAACCACGUCGUCGGGGGCCAUAGUAUUACUAUGGGACAGGCUGUUGGACGGCUGUACGAAAUACAGGGACUAGAGCCUGAAGAUGAACUUCUCCAUUUUGGAGUCAUGCUUAUGGAGGUUCCGAACAAUCGGGAAAUGGUAAUGAGUAUUCCCACGGACCGAGGCAUAAUCGGGUGGCUACGAGCGAAGAAAGAAGACAAAGAUAGGAGUGUGGGUGUCACUCUUGCGAGUUUGCUGCGGAAUCAAGGAGUUCGAUUUUAAAUCUGCUAAAUGAAGGACUUUGAUUUAUAAUUUUAGUUGAAUUCUGAACUAUUUUUUUUUCGUUUGUUGUGUUUAAUUUUAGUUGAAUUGUGGUUUGAAGAUGGUUUGGGCAUGGGUCGUGCCUCUGGCUUACGGAACCUUAAGAAUUAAAAUGGGGAUAUGUUUGUGGUAUUUUAUGUUUUGUUAUGCUAUAAUGGCUGUAG